AUGGCUCUCAACAUAUUCACUCGUUUACCGUUGCGCACAUUUGGCGCCAGCUUCGCGCCCUUGUCGACAUGUCGAUGGAAUUCAACAAAUGCAGACGCCAUCUCGUACCUUCAAAGUGCUACUAGACCUACCCGGGGUCCCAAACCAUACCAUCGCAGUACGGCACUCCAGAACCGCGCCAGAAUAGCUGAGGAACAAAAGAAGCAGGCCGAGAGUAGGGCAUUGGAAAGAUUUCAGACUCGCGAGUGGAGGGCAGGAGACGUCUAUGCGCCGCAUGACCUCAGUCCGGCACAAAUGAGGAAGUGGAAGGUGCGCCACAGCCCGCCUACGGAUGCUUUUGACGCCAUAGACAAGAAUCCUCUUGAUCUCUACAAGAACUUCUCGAUCAUGUCUGAGUAUAUGACGCCCAUGGGACGCAUUAAACACCGCAGCGAAACCGGUCUACGACCAGUCAACCAGCGCAAAAUUGCAAAAGCCAUCCGCAGGGCCAUCGGGCUCGGACUUAUGCCCAGCGUUCACAGACACCCGGAGAUUUUGGCUGCAGAGGCCAAGGCGAGACUGGACGGAAACUCCAACAAUGUAUACUAA